AUGUUGACGAUCUUCUCAACUACUACUACUACCACUACUACUACUACUACUACUACUACUACUACUACUACUACUACUACUACUACUACUACUACUACUACUACUACUACUACUACUACUACUACUACUACUACUACUACUACUACUACUACUACUACUACUACUACUACUACUACUACUACUACUACUACUACUACUACUACUACUAUCACCAUAUUGUCGAUCAAUGUUCCAUGA